CCAGGAUUCUCACGUCUCAACUGCCUUCUCUGCACGCGCCCAGUGCGGCUUCUUCUCCAAUCCCUGAACUUUGCAGCUUGCGACAUGGAAAUAUCCACCACAACUCAAGCCCUGAUCCGAUAGAGCACAACUCUGACCCAGGGGACUAUCACCCAACCGGCGGACUCUGGGCUUGGCCCCAAACCAGCAGACACGAUGGCAUCGACCAGCACUUCCUCGCAGCGCGCACCUGCUGGUGCAUCACCGCGCGAAAGCUCCAGCUCCGAGGCUAGCCGGGGUGGGAUCCGCAUCGUGCCCUACUCACCACCAAAACCUAUCGAGGACGACGACGACGACUUCAGAGCUCCCAUCAAGACUCCUACACGGUCCAGAUACAGUACCGCCUCGCACGGUCCCUACGACUCGUCGGCGUCGCCCGAGUCUGCACCGUCGUCAGCUGCUUCCUCAGCCAAUUAUUCCCUGGCCCGGCCACCGGCCAGGGGCGUUUCAGAUGGCCGACGGGGAUCCGUCUCGGGUGCCGCUGCAACCACAACGUCCCUAUUGGCCCCUGCUCCCAGGAGAGCCUCACACAGCAGCAGUCGCAGCCCCAGCCUGUCCCCAUCGCCCUCAUACAGCAGCCUGGACCACCAACCACUCUCGCCCUCAGGCCAGAUGCUGGGCCGUUCGCGCCGGAGCAACGUGAUUGAGGUCAAUCCAGACAAGACUUUUUCCGUCGUCCUCCGCUCCACCAAAUCUGCUGCCAGACCUUCCAAUGAGACAGCCAUCACCACCUCUAGCACCACCUCGGCGCCUUUGACUGCGUCCUCGCUCGUCAGCUCGCACGGACAGCUUUCAUCCGAUGCCUCACACCACGACAUUCCUCCCCCGUCGCCUCUCUCUUCAGUCCCUGAAAGCGAAAGCCCCCAGGUCUCGCCGCGCACUUCCGUAGCCGAACCUUCUGCUAGAGAACCAGAUACUUCCUCGCCUUGGAACUACCGCAUGACUGGCGGCGUCCGCAAAGUGCCCCAAACUCCCGAACCUAGCUCGAGGAGGGCGGGGACAUCGGGCAACCAGCAAGAUGUAGAGUCUUCCAUGGCCCGCGAAUCCACCGCCACGUCCACGGACAAUCAGAACCUCAUGGCGAAGGCGUCCUUCAGCUCCCAUGACACCGAGUCAUCAUUGGAUGACAACUCUAACCUCAGGGUCAUUGGCCAGAGCUCGCCCAUCGUACCUUAUUCUGACAGCGCUGUUCCGUCGCCCGCACCCAGCGACGCCAAUGUUCAGAUCCUGGGCUUCUCAUCGCCAGCGUAUCCGUCAUCGCCAUCUCGCGGGGCAGAUGUCCUCGACACACCAGGAAGCCGCAAUUUCAUUGUGCACAACACAAACACGCCUGGCUCCGGCCUGUUUACACCUGCCCGAGGGUCAUCUGUGCUGGAUACUCCAGGCAGCAAGAACUUCAUUGUCCAUGGCAAAGGCACGCCGGCCUCUCAGAUGUACACCCCCUAUGCUGAGUCGAGCAGCCUCGAGACUCCCGGAAGUCGCAACUUCGUCACCCACGGGCCCGUUUCUCGCCAGUCUUCUGUCGGCACAUUUCCGCGACACCAGCCUUCUGUGGACAGCAUGGCAGGCUUUGUGCGCGAGGAAUACUCACAAGAAAGCUUGAAGGUCUCACCACUGAACACAAACGGCAGGAGGAAGUCGUCGCAGGAUUACACCAGAUUCAUUCCGCGUGAAGCGGUCCGCCCUCGUGCUGCAUCAUACUCAUCCAUUUCCAGCAUCAUCAGCCAGGACAACACAGCACUGGCGCUUGCUCAACAGAACCUGAACACGAUCGACCAAGAGCCUUCAUCGGCGAUUACGUGGAAGGGCCCGUUCGGCACGAUCCAAUACCCCAAGCGCGUGGAUGCGCAGCCGCACAACUGGAGCUCGCAGCUCUCCACAGUCAUGUCCGAGGACGAGCGGAGCGACGGUUCGCGGAUAGCCAGCCAGUUCUCGGAGAGAAGUGGUAGCCAGCACAGCAGAAACAUGCUCAGUGCCUCAUCCAUGUCACUCUCUGCUGACGAAGCGCGAUCCCUGGGAACCCAGUCGAGGCUAGACCUGGAGCGACCGAGUCCGACAUACUUGCCCUCGCCCGUGAUCCGGAUGAUCCGCGACCAUGACGAGGACGGCGACGGAUUGGCGGAUCUGGAGUACAGCCAGCAGCUUCGUCAUAAAGCAUCGUGGUCCAGAGUCGGCAGCUAUAUCUCCCGCCGCAGCUCCGACAGGGACCUGCACUCUUCUGCAAGCUCUCGUGCAAACAGCUUCUCAGGGGGCGCCAUUCCUGCGUGGGCCCGGGUGUACUACGGCAGCGGCGAAAGGAAAUGGCUCGCAGCUCCGUCAAUAAGAUCACAACCAUCCAUGCAGUCCUUUGUGGACAGCCGCCGAGGCAGCUUCGCAGGCUCCGGAUCGCCAGAGUACGAGGAUGACAUCUACAACCCCCGACGCCGCGUUCGGGACGCGCAGAGGCGUGGCAGCAGGUCCGACUCGAUGCAGAUCAACGAGGUGCCACAAUACGCACGCGGCGUAUACCGCCCCAAGAAGAAAUCGUCGAGUAUCUGGUCGCCACAUCUAAAGGUCGACCGCAGGUCGACUCUGUACAAUGCGUGGGCGCCACCCUCCGUCGCCUGGUCGGCCGAGAGCGGUGCACUGGGGCGUCGCAACAUCCAGAUCAUCCUCUUCGUGGUUGGCUUCGUCCUUCCGUUUGCCUGGAUGAUUGGUGCCUUCUUGCCUCUGCCAGUGGCGGUGCACCUCAAGAGUGCGAACCCCGACGACAGUCAAACAGAGCUCGGUGCUCCGGUCCAGGAGAAGAUUCGGGACGACCAACACUUUGCUUUCGACGAUGCUCAGUAUCAGAGCGCAAGAUGGUGGCGCAACCUGAACCGCGUAAUGAGCAUUGUAGGCAUCCUCGUCCUCGGCGCCGUUGCUGCACUUGUCGUUAUCGGCGUCAAAGACCGUUGGGCCCAGUAGGGUCACAAUUGGGCCAGUACAACCACGACGUCUCGGUGAAAUCUUGCCAGUCAAUCACAAACAUCCACCAUUAAUUUUUUUUUUCGCAACAACACAUUUUCAUUUCUAGCAAGCGUUGCACUUUUGCAAAAGGGUGCCUCCAGGCCACGAGUCCUGGCGCACCCUCGUCCGACCUCAACGAGUUUGUUAUUCGCAGAGUCCUUUCCUCACGAAGCAGAAACGACGCAACCACACCAGGCGCAACAUCUAUUUUCCUUGCCACUAUAGAUAUCCUUUGAUUUCUUGGAAAUGUCUCGUCUCAGAGAA